CCAUGCUGCGAAGGGCGUUGCAGCCAGGCUUGAGCCGGGGCGUCUUGGGCCGGGGGCUAGGCACACACAGAGGACGCUCCACUCUGGACCAGAAUGGAAAGGUGCCCGAGAUUAAGAAGAAGGUCCAGUCAGUCCUUCCUGGAGGGGCCUGGAAUCCACUGCACGACACCAGCUACCUGCCCCCUGAACACUCGGAUGUGGUGAUUGUGGGGGGUGGGGUGAUUGGCCUGUCCGUGGCCUAUUGGCUGAAGAGGUUGGAGAAGCCACGAGGUGCCAUUCGGGUGCUGGUGGUGGAACGGGACCACACGUAUUCCCAGGCCUCCACCGCACUGUCUGUGGGCGGGAUUCGGCAGCAGUUCUCGGUGCCUGAGAACAUCCAGCUCUCCCUCUUUUCAGUUGAGUUUCUGCGGAACAUCAAUGAGUACUUGGCUGUAGUCGAUGACCCUCCCCUGGACAUCCAGUUCAACCCGUCGGGUUAUCUCUUGCUGGCUUCGGAAAAGGGGGCUGCAGUCAUGGAGAGCAACGUGAAGGUGCAGAGGCAGGAAGGAGCCAAAGUCUGCCUGAUGUCUCCUGAGCAGCUUCGGAACAAAUUUCCCUGGAUAAACACAGAGGGUGUAGCGUUGGCAUCUUACGGGAUGGAGCACGAAGGUUGGUUUGACCCCUGGUGUCUGCUCCAGGGGCUUCGGCGGAAGGUCCAGUCCAUGGGGGUCCUCUUCUGCCAUGGAGAGGUGACACGUUUUGUCUCUUCGUCUAGCCACACGAAGACCACAAGUGGGGAAGAGGUGACUUUGAGAAGGAUCCACGAAGUCCAUGUGAAGAUGGACCGCAGCCUGGAGUACCAGCCUGUGGAAUGUGCCCUCGUGAUCAACGCAGCAGGGGCCUGGUCUGGCCAGAUCGCAGAGCUGGCUGGUGUCGGGAAGGGGCCCCCUGGCACCCUGCAGGGCACCAAGCUACCUGUGGAGCUGAGGAAAAGGUAUGUGUACUUGUGGCACUGCCCCCAGGGACCGGGCCUGGAGACCCCAUUCGUCAUGGAUGCCGGUGGAGCCUAUUUCCGGCGAGAAGGACUAGGCAACAACUAUCUGGGUGGCUGUAGCCCCACUGAGGAGGAGGAACCGGACCCAGGGAACCUGGAAGUGGACCAUGAUUUCUUCCAGGACAAGGUGUGGCCCCCUUUGGCCCAGAGGGUACCGGCUUUUGAGACUCUGAAGGUUCGGAGUGCUUGGGCUGGCUAUUACGACUACAACACCUUCGACCAGAAUGGUGUGGUGGGUCCUCACCCACUCGUCGUCAACAUGUACUUUGCCACAGGCUUCAGUGGCCAUGGGCUCCAGCAGGCCCCCGCCGUGGGGCGAGCUGUGGCAGAGAUGGUGCUGGAUGGCCACUUCCAGACUAUCAACCUGAGCCCCUUCCUCUUCAACCGCUUUUACUUGGGAGAAAAGGUCCAGGAGCACAACAUCAUCUGAGCCUCACCAAGCCAGGCUCUCCUCCAUCCUCCUCU